GACAGAGAGAGGAGGACAGAGAGAGGAGGACAGAGAGAGGAGGACAGAGAGGAGGACAGAGAGGAGGACAGAGAGGAGGACAGAGAGAGGAGGACAGAGAGAGGAGGACAGAGA